AUGCCUCGGCUUCGAAGGCUUUGGCUGGCCAAUCUUCGAUGUUCCGAGGCCUAUUUUCAGAAUGUUUACAACUACUUGUUGUGUCGGGAAUACGACGAAUUUGUUGUUACGUUGGCUCAUGAAGAUGGUGAGAUUUUGUUUUGGAGAUUUUUUAAAUUAAAAAUUUUUAAUUUGAAAUUUUGAUGGGUAAUUCAUAAAAAUUUCAAUUUUUCCCCUAACUUUUUGUCAUUAUUACUAUUUAAACGUUAUUGAUACAAAAUUUAGUCUUAAUUCUUCUUCAGAAGUCCGUCGAUGGCUUCAAUUGGCCCCUCAUCUGAAGACGCGGAAGCUCCGAGUGAUCUUGGCCGAGGGAUUUAAUGUGAUCGUGGACAAAUUAAUCCCCCACGAUGUGAAUUACAAAGAUCUCGUGGAGCUGGAGGUGGAUGUGAGUCGAUGCUCCGAGUAUUUCUUCGACAUUUUCCCGUCUUUCAUCAAGUCCAUCAAGGAGAUCACGGAGAAAGGGACCUUCCGGCUGUUCACCGUCAAAGGCGCUGAACUUUUUUGGAAUAUUUUCACUGAAUUCUACGAUACGAAAGACUUCAAAAUGACUAUGGUAAGUCGCGAUGUAGUUUAUGGAGUCUAUUUUUAAAAUCUGAAAAGAGUGGGAGUCCAAAUUCGAAUUUUCUUUGACCUUUUUAUAUUCAUCAUGACAUUAGAGCUGAUAAAACUUAAAAUUAGUCAAUGAAUUUAAACGAUAAUCACAUGGUUACUAUUGCUAAUGCAAACUACCUUCAGGGGGACACUUUUUGGUCCUGGGCGACAGUCCCCAACAUGAUGAAGAAGUACGGAACGGCCUUCUCGGCCUUCCGUGACUUCCAAUUGUUUCCUUUAUUGUUCACCUCAUUCUUGUGCCCAUUCAACGUCCAAAUUCAGAUUGUUUGUGUUGGAAAUGAAUAUGGCGGCAUGUCAAAGGUAGGACCAAUACUAUCGGAUUACUGUUACAUUAAUUUGGAGCUUUUUGUAACUAACAGGGGAAGAAUAAGUGCGACGCUCAGAUUUUGAUGAAACUUGGCACAAAUUUAGAAUAUUUUUUUCUAGAAUAUAUGCGAGAAUCCUAGCUCGCGCUUUGCAGAAACAACCGAGAUUUUUAGAUCGGAAGUCGGCGAAAAUUUAGGACUUUCUGCCGAAUUUCGGCACGAAAAGUUUGAUGCCUAUUUCUACCGUAAAGGAUAAUUUUUCUACAAAAAAUCAAAUUUUUCCGCACGAAACUGCCAAAGUUAUGGCCAAAAAGCGUUUUUCUCUCUGACCGCUCUCCACGUUUAGCGUGCUCUCUCGGCGGCAAACAUCGUUCGAUAUCUCGGUGGCGCCCGAAAAGCGCGAGCUAAAACUCUCAGGAAUUGAUAUUUAGUCCAUGCCCGACGUGCGUGAAAAAUUUAAAGAAAAUCUGAGCGUCGCACUUGGAGUACUUCCCAAGAAAAUAUAAUGUGAAUUUGAUGUUCAGAGACACUUUCAAACCCUCGAUUUCACUUACUAUCACUGUUAUCAUCGGAUUCUGAUGGGCCGAGAGAUUGAUGGAGUCCAUCAACGGUGGAUGAACAACAACUUGGCCUGUGUUUAUGGCCAUCGGUACUGGGAGAUCAUCUACAAAGUCUUGGUCCUCGGACAUCGGGAAGUCGAAUGCCCCACAAUGGAAGAGCCGCUCAAACCGGGCCAAGCUCAAGCUCUUCAAGAUCUCGUCGCAAAGUGAGUCAUCUGCAAUCAUAUUUUGAUCAAGUUAUGUUAUACUGGUCAUCCGAUUUUCCAACCGACAACACUAAAGCUGAAUCUUUUCAGAAUUCGAUGA